AUGAAUAACUAUACACGAAAGAUUUAUUUCAAACAAGAGGAAGUUGAACACUCCGGUCCAUCAGUGAACUCAAAUGAUAUCGAGCAACGCAUUGCGGCCCGACGGCUUCGCAUACAAAACCGUUUGGAGAUGCAAAAACCGGAAGAUGAUUCAAAGCAAGCAGAAGAACAGAAAGAACUGUCCUUAAGUCAAAAACAGAUCGAUCUGAGUUCAAAACACAUCUCGAAAUUGGUUCGGGAUGGAGAUUCAUUUAUCAGUAAUGUCCGGGUCGCCUGUGAUGCGAGAGAAAAUCUGCGUCGCACCGAGGAGGACGAAUUAAACGCACAUCGAAUCGAGAAAUUGGAAACGGAUGCAAAAGUUGGUAUGGAAAGUUUCAACCAUAUUUCCGAACAGUGGGAUAAACUGAGAGAUUCGGAAAUACCUCAGGACACUCGGGAUAUGUUGGCCAAACAGAAAGCCGACUGUGCAGAUCUUGUAGCCGAGAAAAAUAAACUAAUUAACGAAUUAAACCUGGAAAUCAAAGCCAAGGAUGACCAUUAUGUUCGUGAAUUGAAGAAACGGACCGAAGAUAUUGACCUCCUGUCUGAACGCAUGGAAUCACAAAUCCAAGCCAUGCAAAAAACUUAUCGGGAAGAACUGGCCGCGAUAGAGAUCAGGUAUUUGGAAGAACAGCGAUUGCGAGUGGAGGAAUUCGAUCACGAACUGAACGAGUUACGAACCAAGCAUUCUGAAGAAUACAAUGCUCUUAAAAUCUCUCUGGAAACGGAAGUCGAGACCCUGGAAUUGCAAUUGCUCAAAUUAAAGGCCACUUAUCAACUGAAUCUGGAAAAAUUGGAAUAUAAUUUCCAAGUGUUGAAGAGACGCGAUGAAGAGAAUAUGAUCACGAAAUCAAAUCAGAAGAGGAAAAUUACUCGAAUGCAAGAUUUGUUAAACAAUUUGCACAAUAAGGCGAUUAAGCAGGAAAAGCAAUACUGUCUGGAAAAUGAACAGCUUUCAGAAGAUUACAAGAAACGAAUGGAAAAUUUCAAAGACCUACAAAAGAAGUCCAAGUUGCUUAUCGAAGCUGAGCACAAAAACUUUCGAGAAAUUUGGAUUAUGAAUGAAGAAGCCUUGAAAAAGUUAGCAAACAAAUUACUGGAAGCCAGUCGCGUGAUCAACGAACAGCAACUUGGCAUACCGUGGCGCAGACCAGACGUGUGA